GGUGGUAUUGCUCGAACGUAAAAUCAGAGCAGCGAUGCUGACGGCGGAGAACCAAGCCCAAACCAAAACGUCUUCAGUCGUGGAACGGAAGUCGACCUGUCCGCCAUCCCACCGCGGUCGUGAUGACAUCCCUCGUCCCCCGCCUGGGCCUCCGCCGGCUGCUGUCGACGGUGGUGGAGCUCUCCCACCUGUCGAAGCCCAUCGUGGACCUCUCCCACCUGGCGUCCGUCCGGUCCUCCUCCGAGCUGCUGGCCUCCUACACCGUCACCCCUCCCGUCCAGCCCUGGCCGCCCUCCCCUCUCUCCCCUCGCCGCCUCGCCCUCCUCAUCCGCCGCCAGCCCGACCCCCUCUCCGCCCUCCGCGCCUUCAACCACGCCCUCCGCUUCGUCCCGGGCUUCGUCCCCACCUACCCGGUCUACCACUCCCUCCUCCUCCGCCUCGCCCAGUCCCCCUCCUCCCUCCCCCGCCGACGCUUCGUCCACCUCAUCGCGCCCUCGCCGGCGCCUCCCGCCCGCCGCGCCCUCGCCUCUUCUCUCCCUCCCCUCCUUCGGCGCGCCCGCCCCUCCGCCCGCUCCCUCAACGGCCUCCUCAACGCCCUCCUCCCGUCAGCCGCGCGCCCCGCCUCGCGCCGCCUCUUCUCGCCGCUCCCCCGCUUCGCCAUCCGCCCCAACGUCUGCACCUGCAACAUCGCCCUCCAAGCCUCCUCUCGCUCGGCGACCUCCCGCUCCGCCCCCGCCGCCGACGCCUCCUCCCGCAACUCCUCCCCCAACGUCGUCUCCUACACCACCGUCCUCUCCUACCACUGCUCCCGCGGCGACCUCGCCGCCGCGCGCGCUCUCGUCGACGACAUCGUCCGCCAAGGCUGCGCCCCCGACGUCACCGCCUACACCAUCCUCAUCGACGGCUACUGCCACCGCGGCCGCCUGCAGGACGCGGUCCGGACCAUGGACGAGAUGGAGGAUUCCGGAGUCCGGCCGAACGACGUCACCUACUCGGUCGUGAUCGAAGCCUUCUGUAAAGAGCGGAAAUCCGGGGAAGCCCUCAAUUUGAUGAGAGACAUGCUGGACGCGAAUUAUGUACCUGGCUCGCCGCUUUGUUGUAAGGUGAUUGACGCGUUGUGCGAGGACGGAAAGCCGGAGAAUGCGUGCGAGAUUUGGAAGAAGCUUUUAAAGAAGAAUGUCAUGCCCGAUAACUCCGUCACGAGCACGCUAAUUUACUGGCUUUGCAAGAAGGGCAAGGUUUGGGACGCUCGGAAGCUGUUCGAUGAAUUUGAGAGGGGGUUUAUUCCGAGUCUGUUGACGUACAACACGCUCAUAUCGGGUAUGUGUGAGAACGGGGAGUUGCAAGAGGCGGGGAGGCUGUGGGACGAUAUGGUGGAGAGGAAGUGCGCGCCGAACGCCUUCACGUAUAAUGUGCUGAUCAAAGGGUUCUGUAAGGUGGGGAAGGCGAAAGAAGGGGUUCGGAUCUUGGAGGAGAUGUUGGAUAGCGCGUGUGCGCCAAAUAAGUUCACUUAUGAAGUGUUAGUUGAUGGAAUCUAUAAAUCGGGCAACGAAGAGGAGGUUGAUAAACUUGUUCAAGCUGCGGCUUCGAGUAGAGGGAGUUUCUUCGAUGGGGAUUGUUGGGAGGUUUUUAUUAGGAAGUCGGUCACUGGAAAUGAUGCUUGGAAUGAACGUCUUGAUGCCGUAUUACAGAUCGGCCGAAGAUUGUGCCAAUGAGAUAGCAUCAAGUUCCCACAAAUUAAUUUUACGACUUUUGAUUGUGAUGAAGACGAGAAUGGAUAUACCAGCAAUUACAUUGAACACAUGCGUGCUGAUUUUAGGUCCCAGCUAACUUCAUCGGACUCACCACUUCUUUAAACACAGAUGAACUGCUGCCUACCUACUUCAUGAGAAUCAAUUGACCAGGUGAUUUCGAGCUCAGCAUCUUGAAAUAUUGUGUAUUCAUAUGUUUUCUGUCCUCUAGUAGUGAAACCUUGAGAUUCUAAAGUGCUGAGGAUCAUUUCACUGGAUUCUCUCAAUGAUGUAACAUAUUAAUAAUAAUAUAGAAUUGAUUUGUAAAGCCUUAUUUAUUAGCAUCAGUAACAGUUACUUCUGAGGAUGUAAUAAAAUAAUGCAGCAAUCAUGUAGCAUUUGUAAAAAUAAUGUAGGCAAGAUAAUCUUUAAAUUUUUCCAAUUGUUUAAGUGGAUAUAUAUGUGUGUGUGUGUGUGUGUGUGUGUGUGUGUGUGUGUGAAUUGAAGAUUUUGGGCAGAAGUGGCCUUUUAUAGGUUCUCUAAAACAUAAUCUUUUAAAUUUAUCUCUAGAGGGAAAGUUUGGAAGCUUAGCCUUUGGUGCCAUUCUUUACUUUCUCAUUUGUAAAGAUGAUCUCUCUUUCCAUCUCCUAAAGCUCCAUUGAACCACCUAAGUGGAGCUGGACCAUGAGGAGAGCUUCAUGAUUUAAAUGUUGUGGACAUCUAUGUAUUAAGAAAAAAAAGAGAAGGAAAGCGGAAGAUUUCGGAAAUAAUCAGGAACUGUAGUCUUGACUGUUCUUGUUUUAGGUGUUUUAUCUUCAGGGUAUAGCUUUUGUGGAGAAAUCAAGGCAGGAAGUUAUUAUCGCUGAGAAGUUUUUACGAAUAUGUCUGAAGGCGCAUGGCAGUUCAGCAUCACCACGAAAGGGGACAUCCCUCUACAACAAUGCCCUUUUCGGUGGGGCAAGAAGCCAGAGGACACCCAUCCAAGUCAUUGCCCCACCAUUUGAGACUAAUAUUCUCCAAACCCAAGCAAAGAUAAAGCAACACUGCCAUGAACGCCAACCCCGCAUCUAAAGCGCCAGAAAGUACAUAAUUAUGUCGUUGCCACCAAUCUCGCCGGUAUUUAUAAACAACAUAGCCUGAAAGGAAGCCCACUAAUAUCCAGGGAAGGCUUUGUGGGCGAACCAGACAAGGAGAGGGGCGAUGGCCCCUGCAAGGAAGAACCAGUUGACGGCUGAGUAGCUGCCUAGGUCGCCAAAGAUCCUGCGGGGGCUUAUGAGGCCCCAUAUGACCGAGGCAUCGUAGAACACAUGGUCGCCAGGGCAUGUCCAUGGGCUGUCAGAUUGGAGGAGCUCGGUGUUGCAGAUGUUGGGGAUUGUCUCCAUGAGCCACCAAGCUGUUCCAAGGUAGGUGGACGCAAGUCAACCCAUUC